ACGACCUCAACUAGUCUUCAACUUUUAUAUUUUUGUUAUUCGUUGAUCAAAAGUGGUUUUGUUGUUGAAAGGCACAUACAUGUAGUAUGGUUUGUAAUUAUACCCAUUUUUUCUUAAUAUGUUUGUGAAAUAAUCAUUUUUAAAAUUGAUAUUUUUCUAUUGCUCUGUUAAAACUUCCAGUAAUGUGUCAUUCAUUUUUAUUUUAAAACAAUCAUUGGUGCAUUUGGUUGGAUGUCCCUCGUUGCGGUUGACCUUCAAUACUGUAACAUCUAUCCUCUUCCUCUUUUAUUUAUUUUUUUCUUCCCAUUUUUAUGGCCUUCAUAAGUGUAAUAGUAGUAAUAACAAUAAUAUGCUUGGUCAUAUUGAGGUCUAUCUUUUUCAUUUUAAUUAAUGCAUUUGGGCUGGAAUUUUGUCUACCUAUUUGCAAUUACCUAUAGUAGUUGGUCAUGUUACAACCUCUUGCAUCUUUGACAGCAUUUGAAGGAAAUCACCUCCGUGAUAGGAUGCUUAUCUUUGUAGCUCUGUUUCAAAAAGUUCUCUUGUUAUUUGUUUUUCUAUGGACUUCUUCACACAUAUGCCAUGAGGAAGUUUUGCAGGGGUUGUCUUUGUGUGUUGAUGUUUUAUGGCUCUAUACGUUAGUAUUCUAGCUGUGCCCUUAAUCCUUUUUUUGGAAGGUAUGGUGUUUCUAGAUGUAUUUCUGUUGGAGCUCAAAUGUUCAUCAUCCGUAUGCUCUUGCAUGUAAAUAUAGCUUUUCUACCACUAACUCAAUUCACACGUGUUCCAGAAACAAUACAUCUCAGAGGCGACUGUGUUUGAGACCAUCCUUGUUCUUGCUUUGAACCUGGUGAAUUUUGCUGAUUAUAUAAUUUAACGUUUCCAUAAUACUAUUAUCUUCCAUAGACAAGUCCAUGACUUGUAACUUUUGCUAGAGGAUGAGACUUUUGCUAGGUUUGUUUUGUUACUUCAAAGAAUUAAUCUUCAAAGGAGCAACUUGAAAUAGUAACCUCUCCAGAAGUUAACAUUAGCGAACUUUGAAAUCUUUAUUUUAUUAAUGAUUAUGUUCGUUCCCAGUUCAACUAAAGUUGAGCUGGGAUUUGUAUUUACUGGAUCCUUUUUGUGCAGAUUGUUAACACUUGCCAAGAAACUUAAUUAUGUUAGAAGAUCUUGUUUUGGAAGAUACAAUACUGAAUAUAAGCUACCUGGUUUCCAAACAGCUCACUGCUUUUGAAGCCAGGAAAUGAUUAUGGGACCAUAUGAAAUAAAAGCAGGAAGGCAGUUUUAUCUGAGCAGCUGGCGCAAUAAGGAAACGUUUCAAUAUGCUGAGGAAUCUCUUAUGGGCAACCUCAAAGCAUGAUGUGUAUCUUAUGCAAAACUAUUCUGUAAUGCACUGGUCCUCUCUUCUACGAAGGGGUAAAGAAGUACUCAAUGUUGCCAAACCUUUAGUCCCAACCCUAAAUUAUCCUGGAUGUUUAGCAGAGCCACUUUCUAGAGUUCAGAUAAGUACUAUGACGGUGAAUGACAAUCUUAUGGUUGCUGGUGGUUUUCAAGGAGAGCUUAUUUGUAAGCAUAUAAACCAACCUGGAGUUGCAUUCUGCACAAAAAUUUCAACUGAUGAAAAUGCUAUUACCAAUGCUGUGGAUGUAUAUCACAACCCUAGUGGCUCAAAGAGAGUUAUGACGGCAAACAAUGAUGCUCAAGUCCGAGUUUUUGAUGCUGUCAACUUUGCUUGCCUAAGCCGUUUCACAUUCCCGUGGUCUGUGAACAAUACAUCCGUAAGCCCUGAUGGUAGACUUGUUGCUGUCCUUGGGGACAGUCCUGAGUGUUCAAUUGCUGAUGCAGAGUCGGGGAAGGUUCUCAGCAACCUGAAGGGGCAUCUCGACUAUUCAUUUGCUUCUGCCUGGCACCCUAAUGGCCAAAUUUUAGCUACUGGAAACCAGGAUACAACCUGCAGAUUGUGGGAUGUAAGGAACCUGUCAGAGUCCUUCGCUGUACUCAAAGGGAGAAUGGGUGCAAUCAGGGCCAUAAGAUUCUCAUCAGAUGGGCAAUUUAUGGCAAUGACUGAACCUGCUGACUUUGUUCACAUAUUCGAUGCUGAAUCUGAUUAUGCCCGUGGUCAAGAGAUUGAUCUGUUUGGUGAGAUAGCCGGAAUUUCCUUCAGCCCUGAUAGUGAAGCACUGUUUGUUGGAGUUGCAGACAGAACAUAUGGCAGCUUGUUGGAGUUCAACAGAAAACGUCAUGACCACCAGUAUCUGAACUGCAUGUUUUAGAUAAAUUGCGGCUGCUGAUUCUAAGAUAUACUUCAAUCGUGUAUUUUCUUUGUUUUCAACUGUGUUUGACGAAUAGAUACUGUUAAAUGAUUGUAACCAAAUAUCUUCAGCAUCAGUUGAUCCUUUAGGUUGCAAUUUGCUCACAAUUAGUAUCUGUUCAGUGAUUUUUUCUAUAAGAAAUGGAAAAAUUUUGCAGAUGUGUAUAUAUGCGGUUGUUUUAUUGUAAACCAAAAUGUUUAAUAGUUGAGUUGUUUGUUCUGCCA